AUGAAAUCCUCUGCUGCCGUCUCGCUCUCCGCCCUGGCCGCCGUCGCCGCAGCCGCGGGCCGCGAGAUACCCGCCGACAUCAAGAACUUCUACGAGAGCGUGCGCGGCGUGCGGCAAUGCCGCAACGUGCUCGCCAGCGGCUUCCACAGCAUCAGCGGCGACUCGGGAAAAUUCGGCUACUGCGGCGACCGCCUCGACGACUACAACAUCGUCUACCUGCAGGGCCAGAACGGCGAGCUGGUAAACAUGGACAUUGACUGCGACGGCGUGCAGCACGGCCCGGCCGACGACGGCCGCUGCGGCUCCUCGGGCGACGCGCAGUCCGUCACGUCCUUUGCCGACACCGUCCGCGGCUACGGCACCGGCCAGCGCGACCUGGACGCCAACGUCCAUCCGUACGUCGUCUUCGGCAACGCCGGCAGCCGCCCGGGCUACGCAAACUUCGAUCCCCGCAAGCACGGCAUCGAGCCGCUGAGCGUCAUGGCUGUCGUGUGCAACAACAGGCUGAUCUACGGCGUCUGGGGCGACGAGAACGGCGACGACGGCCCCGAGGCCAUGGUCGGCGAGGCCUCCCUCGCCCUGGCCACCGCGUGCUUUGGCCAGCGCGUCAACGGCAACGCCGGCCACGACGGCAACGACGUCUUGUACAUUGCCUUUGCCGGCAAGGACGCCGUGCCCGGAGCGAGCGGCGCCAAGUGGAACGCCAAGAGUUACGACGAGUUCGAGAGCAGCAUCACCGCGCUGGGGGACAGGCUGAUUCAGAGAAUCGGCGGCGGCGGAUCCCCCUCCUCUCCUCCCCCCUCCACGGGAUCUUGUUCGUGGGAGGGACACUGCCGAGGUGAGUGA